ACAUCUGGAUGAGCUGAACGAGAUGGAGAACAGAGACAUGAUGCCUUUCACCAAGCAGAUGCUGCAGCAGAGGCCCAGCUGGAGCCUGCUGAAGCUCUACGCUCUGGGCUCCACGCUGGCGCUGCUGGGGAUGCUGGGAGGAAUGAUGGAGAUGAUCCUCCUGCCCUUCCUGCACCACGACACCACCGAGGAAGAGACAGACACGUUUCUCAUCCAGCAGAGGACAGACAGGAGGUCGUCCCUGCCGCCUUCUGCCUGGCUUUGUUUGGGGGUCGAGGACAUGAUGGAAGGCUGGUCUGAGGCCAAACAUCUGGAGCCAGCUGUGCAGAGGAGCUCAGCCAACCGCUUCCAUGCCUCUUAAAGAGCUGCCUGCUGCACACAGGAGGUGGGAGGGGCUGCACUGGUCUCUUUUUACUCUUUAUUUAUUCCAGACAUGCUCUAACUCCUUCUUCCUGUUGGUGAAACAAACAAACAAACAAACAAACAAACAAACAAACAAACAAAGAAAAGAGGAAGUGUUUCAGAGAAAACUGCAGGAUACAGUGAGGCUGCUGGGCAGCAAACUUUACUGAAUGAGAUGUGCUGGAUGUUGUAAAAAUAUGUUUUUAUUUCAUUUUCUACUAAUAAACUUUUUAUUCUGCUGAGAAUAAUUUAAAGCU